AUGGCGGAGCGACGUGUUAUGCCCGAAGAUCUCAAAAAUGUUGAAUUUGAAACAAGUGAAGAUGUGGAAGUUACCCCGACAUUUGAUCACAUGGGAUUGAGAGAAGGAUUGUUGAGGGGCGUCUACGCAUAUGGCUUUGAAAAACCUUCUGCCAUUCAGCAAAGAGCAAUCAAGCCAGUGGUGAAAGGGAGAGAUGUCAUUGCACAGGCACAAUCAGGUACUGGCAAGACAGCAACUUUCUCCAUUGCCAUCUUGCAGUGUUUGGAUACCCAGGUUCGAGAAACUCAGGCUCUCGUCUUGUCUCCUACCCGAGAAUUGGCUUCACAGAUUCAAAAGGUUAUUUUAGCCCUGGGAGACUACAUGAAUGUCCAGUGCCAUGCAUGUAUCGGUGGCACAAAUGUGGGGGAGGACAUCAGAAAACUGGACUAUGGGCAGCAUGUGGUAUCUGGAACACCCGGGAGAGUGUUUGAUAUGAUUAAAAGAAGAAAUCUGCGCACAAGAUCAAUUAAAAUGUUGGUCCUUGAUGAAGCAGAUGAGAUGCUUAAGAAAGGCUUCAAGGAGCAGAUCUAUGAUGUGUACAGAUACUUGCCUCCAGCCACACAGGUGGUUCUGAUCUCAGCCACCCUGCCACACGAAAUCUUGGAGAUGACAAAUAAGUUCAUGACAGACCCCAUUCGCAUCCUUGUCAAACGUGAUGAGUUGACCCUGGAAGGAAUCAAACAGUUCUUUGUGGCUGUUGAACGUGAGGAGUGGAAGUUUGACACUUUGUGUGACCUCUACGACACCCUGACCAUCACUCAGGCAGUGAUCUUCUGCAACACAAAGAGAAAGGUUGACUGGCUGACAGACAAGAUGAGAGAGGCCAAUUUCACAGUGUCCUCCAUGCACGGAGACAUGCCGCAGAAGGAGAGAGAGACUAUCAUGAAAGAGUUCCGAUCUGGUGGCAGCCGAGUGUUGAUCACAACCGAUGUUUGGGCCAGAGGUAUCGAUGUUCAGCAAGUGUCGCUGGUCAUUAAUUAUGACUUGCCAAACAGCAGAGAGUUGUACAUACACAGAAUUGGCCGUUCAGGCAGAUUUGGUCGCAAGGGUGUGGCCAUCAAUUUUGUGAAGAAUGAUGACAUCAGAAUUUUGAGAGAUAUUGAACAAUACUAUGCCACACAGAUUGAUGAAAUGCCCAUGAAUGUUGCUGAUCUUAUCUGA